GAGUAAAAGGGGAUUUGGACUGUAGUGGUAUUGUGCCAAUAAAGCAAUGUAAAAAAUUUUGUGCUUAUGAGCUUUAGGUUAUAUGUACGAGUUUCAAUAAUCUUUCGACGUAGUUUAAUGUUAUUGUUACUUACUAACUAUGAAAUCUUUUGCGAAUACUGUAUUUUGGAAAAUUGGAAAAUUUUAAAUGGGGAACUGGUUUUGUACCCAUCACCUAGAAGCUUACUCACUGGAUAAGUCUUGGAAGCUAAUGCUAAUAUGAUACAUGUACUUGUGGAUCAAAAGAGAUCGUCGCCCUUGGAACUGAAUAUGCAAAUAGACUGCUUAAUUUCUUGAGUGUAUGUUAAUAAUGACACUGUAGUUGAAAAGUGUAAUUGGAAGAUCCAUUUUUGACUAAUUUGAAGGUUGGGGAAAACAUUGCUGUUAAUUGAAUUGUUUUAUAAGCUCUUUACUUUGUUGUUUAGUCAUUCAAUGACAUAAAACUUCCUGUUUGAUGUUGGUUUUUUUUUAAUUUUGACAGAAAAAACAGGAUACUCAAUUUUUUGGAAUAUUAGUUAUUGUUGAUCAAAGGAUAAGUAAUACGAAUUAGUCAAAUAUAUAGAUCAAGUCAUAGUACACAUAGAAAUGCUGUGGUACUAUCCCGCCUGAGAAAAAUUUGAAACCCUAUAAAAUUUGUUGUGCACCUAGUACAUGUUGAACAAAAAGAAGUGAAUAGGGCUUAACGAAGAAUACCAUAUACUGUGGCAAUGUCUUCUGUUUCGUCUCAUUCUCCUUCGCAUUCUCUGUCAGCUGCAUCAACAUUUGUUGAUAAAAUAGAUCCGUUUAAGAAGGGCUCUCUGAAAAGGAAGCAGAAAAAAUCUCAGGGUUCUUCAAGGUAUAGAUCAACUAGUGUUGUUGAAUUGCAACCUCUGCCUCAGUUGAAAGGUUGCAUGUAACUUGUUUCGAACACUCCCACCAAGUGAAAAUCCUGACUUUGAUCCAGAAGAAGAUGAUCCAACAUUAGAAGCUUCUUGGCCUCAUCUACAGCUGGUUUAUGAGUUUUUUCUUCGAUUUCUGGAGUCCCCAGAUUUUCAGCCUAGUAUUGGGAAGAAAGUUAUUGACCAGAAAUUUGUUCUGCAGCUGUUAGAGCUGUUUGAUAGUGAAGAUCCCAGGGAACGGGAUUUCCUAAAGACUGUCCUUCAUAGGAUCUAUGGAAAGUUUCUUGGCCUGCGAGCUUUCAUUAGGAGACAAAUAAAUAAUAUAUUCUUAAAGUUUAUUUAUGAGACAGAGCAGUUUAAUGGUGUUGGAGAAUUGUUGGAAAUAUUAGGCAGCAUCAUUAAUGGUUUUGCCUUACCACUGAAGGCAGAACAUAAGCAGUUUCUGGUCAAAGUACUUAUACCUCUUCACAAACCUAGGAGUCUAGGACUUUAUCAUGCACAGUUGGCUUACUGUGUUGUUCAAUUCCUGGAAAAAGAUGCAACCCUUACUGAUCAGGUAGUCAAAGGACUGAUGAAGUUUUGGCCAAAAACUUGCAGUCAGAAAGAGGUGAUGUUUCUUGGUGAGAUGGAGGAAAUUCUGGAUGUGAUAGAACCUUCUGAAUUUGUCAAAAUACAAGAUCCUCUCUUUAAGCAGGUAGCCCGUUGUGUUUCAAGCCCUCACUUUCAAGUUGCUGAAAGGGCUCUUUAUUUUUGGAACAACGAGUACAUAUUAAGUCUAAUGGAAGAAAACAAUGAAGUCAUCUUGCCCAUCAUGUUCCCAGCUCUAUAUCGGAUAUCUAAAGAACACUGGAACCAAACCAUUAUUUCUCUGGUCUAUAAUGUUCUCAAAACUUUCAUGGAGAUGAAUUCCAAACUAUUUGAUGAACUUACAGCUUCAUAUAAAGCAGAGAGACAGAAAGAGAAAAGGAAGGAAAAAGAACGUGAUGAAUUAUGGAAGAAACUGUCUCAGCUGGAACUGAAUAAUAAAGCAAAGCUGAUGAAUUCUGGGUCACUCAACCAGAACAAUACUAAUGUUGCACACACUCAACGACAACUAAACAAAUCAGGCCAAAAUUAACCAAGUAUACCACUUUGUUUGUGUCAUUUUGUCACAGCUAGGCUUAGAGCCAUUUUGAAUUAAUUCAGAACUGCAUGUUCAGGAAUGAGCAGUUUGCCCUUACUUAGCAUUGGGUGUCCAAAAUGAUGCCCAGUGCUAAUAAGUGUGAAGAACUGGUCAUAAAAAAAAAUUGGGAUGUGCAUCUUUAAUCAGCUGUUCCAACUGGCUUAAGUUGUCUAAAAACCUCAGACAGCUGGUAAUUUAGCCUUCAUGGGGAAAAAAAAAAUUAAAAAAUCAUCGUAGUAGACUCUAGGUCAUUCUAAUCAGGGCAGAAUUGUAUUGAUAUGAAAACUUAUCUUAUUAACUAAGAUUAUGCAUCUAUGUAUUAUCAGCCUCAUUGUGUUAUGUGUUGUCUAGUAGGUUAUAUUCUCCUAGAUCAUUUUAGGUACUUUUCAAUCAAACACAAAUUGUAUGAUUUUGAAAAUGUAGAAACAGUCAAAGGUAGCUUGAAUGUUUACUGCUGUGACUACACAAAAGCUAGGGUUUACAUUUUACUUUUUUUAUUAUUAUUAGCAAGAAACAUUGUAAUGUAGACAUACUCCACACUGAGAAAAUUGAUUACUCCUAGUGUGUAUGUUGUUAUAGUAUCAUUUUGUCUUGUUAGAAAACUUUGCACAGUGUGAGGGGUGCAUGGCAGUUUCAGGACAUCAGUAGAAACGUGAUUUUGGUUCAGUGGUACACCUACUGUAUAUUGUCAACUUUGGGGUUGUUAGAAUUAAUGUAAAAUGGACAGACAUUUCAGACCCUUCAUGUACAGACUGUUUGGUUUUCAUAUCACACUAAAAACUGCCUGUUUUUGUCCAUUCUUUUCAAACACGUUGAGUGUUUUUUCAUUAUCUAAGGUUUUUUUCUUUCUUUUUGUUUUGCUCAACUCUUGUUAUAUGUAAUUUUGUAAUGAAUAAUAUGAAUAACUGAACUGUAUUCUCUUUGGACAGAAUGUAAUUGUAGUAAUUUAUUUUGAUUUUAACUGAUUAGUAGUCUGCUCUAUUUCUAACCUCAUAUGCUAAAGAGAGAGAGAGCCUCCUAGUACCAGAAAAAUAAAUAGUAAAAAAUCUUGUGACUGCUACUUUAAUUGUUGUUCACAUGCAUAAAGUGCUGCUGUGUAAAUAAAAUUGGAGAUCCCAACCAACCAAUUGUUUUUUUUUUUUUUUUUUUAAUUAAAAGAUGUAUAUUGGUUUUCUUUAGAAAAAAUAGCAUUAUAAUCAACCAAAGAUAAGAAAAACCAAAAACACUAGAAAUCUAUUCACCAGCUUCACAAAAUUCAAGGGAAUAUUUUGUUGUUUUUGUUUAACUGUAGGUAUCAUUGGCAUCUUCUACCCUAUAUAAUAGUCAGUUUGUGUUACUGAAUUAUAAAUGUUGACUCCCUGCAUUAGAUGAUGUAUCACCAGAAAGGUAUUGUAGUCAUCGCAUGUUUUAUAUAUCCAUCCUUUUGAUGAUUUUGUGUCUUCAGGACAGUUCAACAGCAGUAUGUGUCCUGAGAACUUUCAUGUGGAACUUGUAUGGGGAUGAAUUCACCAUUAUCAUUUGUUGCUAUUAGGUAGUUAUUAUAUUUUUGACGAAAUUAGGGGAAAUAAUAUUAAAAGUUGUUCUUUCUUUAAUGUUCAAGUUGAAGCUAGAAAAACUCAGGCUUCUUUUUUUGUGUUCGUAAAUGUGUUUCACACUUGGUUAAUGCUUACUACCUAAUACAGAAUUCUUCUUCAUUUAUAAGUUGUUUGUUUUGCUUCAGUGUAAGACAUAUCAAUGUAAUGAUGUUCUAGAACUUGGGGUUUACACUUCUUAAAUCAGCUAGUAUCAUUAGGCACUUCAGUUUUGAUGUCUGAACACUGAUAUGACCCAUCUACUUUAUUCACAUUUAAGAAUUAUGCUGAAUAAACCCUGGGGAAUCCCAUUUUCUGUGUUUAGACUCAAGAGUUACAAUGUCUGAACUCUGAAACAACCAACUGGUGUGUCCAGACAUUGGUUAUCAUGUCUGUAGUCUAAUAAAACAUAACUUUUGUGUCCAGUUACAAGAAUUUUAUGAUCUCUGAGCUCUAAAACAGCUCCUAUGGUGUGUACAGAUGCUUGACAAUUAAAAUGUCUGAACCUCUGAAAUAAUUAGCUGGUGUGUCCAAGCAUUAGAAUUAUGAUGUUUGGACUUUGAUACAAGUCAGCUUGAAUGUAUAAACACUAAAGUUACGAUGUCUGAAAUCUAAUGCAAUCUGUACUACAUGGAUACACUUUAGUAGAAUGAUGUCUGAACUUUGAAACAACCUAAGUGGUAUGUACAGAAAUGCUAUAAUUAUGUAUUAGCUGUUAUAACACCUAGAUGGUGUAUCGAGACAUUAGAGUUAUAAUGAGUAAACCUUCAGGGGGGCAAGUUAUAAAUGUACUUCAGUAGCCAUAAUCAAGAAUAAUUGUCUCUGAAUGGUAAGUUUUAUGACAGUCUAGUUUGUGUUCAUCCUAAGUUAUCUAAACCUAAAGUCCAAGAUACAUUCAGUGACCUAAAAGUUAUGAUGUCUUAAUUUCUGAAACAAAUAUAGCUGAACUUAUUAGAAUCUUAAAAGUAAUGGUGUCUAUCAUGAUGCAAAAUCUUGUAACUAAUUUUAGGCCCCAUUAUAUUAUUUUUGUUUGAUAUGUGUUGAUGCUAAAUCAUAAUACAAUAAUACACCUUUCCUAAGACCAUAUUGUAUUGUGUUUAUUCUAACCUCCUUCAUAAAAUACCCAGCUGCUAAUGCUAAACCUUAGUGUAAUAUAUCUUCUGUAAGACCAUGUCCUGUUUCUUCCCUUUCUGUGGAAUAAAUGCAGUUGCUAAUGAUAUACCUUAAUGUGAUGUAUCUUUCCCCCAUACCAUAUAAACUUAUCUACUUUUUCUUGAAAUAAAUGUUAUCGUUAAUGUGAUAUAUCUUUUCCCAUUCCUAACAAGAUUUUAUCUACCCUUCCCUGAAACAAAUGUAACUGCUAAUGAUAUACCUUAAUGUGAUAUAUCUUUCCUGAGACCAGAUUCUCUUCUGUGUCUACCCUAAUCCCUCUCCUUGAAACAAUUCCAGAUCCUGAAUGUGAUGAUAUCCCUUCCAUCAAACUAAAUUGGAUUUUGUGUCCACUCUGAGGCAUAUGGUUCUGUUGCUAUAAUUAAACAUUGUUAUUAAGAUACUCUGUAUUCAAAAUGUUUGCUGCUAUAACCAAACCUUAAUGCUGCAAUGUCCAAACUUUCAGGCAAAUUUAAACCAUCUGUUGUUAAGUUUUAAAUUUUAUGUCUAUAUUUCCAGGUGCAUUCAGCUUUUGCAUCAAAUUCUAUUCUUAUAGUCAGUCUUUAAAUGUAAUAAUUUGUCCAAACCCAGUUGUUAUAGUCUAGUUUUAAUGCUGAAACAUAAUUGCUACAGUUAGAUUUUAAUGGUAAGAUUCCAAAACUGUUGUCAGUUAUGCUUCAAAAUUAGGACCUUGAAUCUCCCAAGCACAUUCAGUUUCUAUUUUCCAACAUAGGUGUUUUCAGGCUUCCCUGUUAGGAUAGAAACAAAGACCCCUAGGUAUAAUUCAUUUGAUCAAAUCUAAGACCCAGCACCUGUGACCAGGCUGUGAGUAUAGACUAUCUAAAAGUAAUUUCAUAAAAUAAGUUAAAAUAAUUUUGGAUAGAUUUACUUGUUCUUUCCCCUAAAUUUAAUGUAAAAUGUUUUUUCUCCAAGGUUUACAUAACAAUUAUAAUUCCACAGAUCAAUAAAAUGACUGUUUAAAAUAUACCUAUACCAGUAGCUGAAUAAUUUUUUCCCCCCCAUUGUGGGUGCUUUUUUUUUUUUCAGCAUAAAGGUUAGAGAAAAAAUUGAUAAUGACACUUAGUAAUAUCUAAUCAUUUAAAGAUUGAAGUUGAUAUAAUCUAUGUAGUAAUAGUAUUGCUUUUACUAUCAGAAUGAACAAUGUUAUUCACGGUAAUAGGAGCAACAUUCUUUUAGGAAAAGUAUCUAUAACUGUGAGUGUUGACGGGAUCAAAUAAUGAACUUAAUAAAUGAUUUGCAUAGUCCUA